AGAUGUGGCGGGGCCGUUGUUUCUUCUUGCAGCUGCAGUUCCCGAUCUCGUCUUCACUGCUCUGUGUCUUCAGCUUCUGUGGCCCUGUAGCCUGCGGUAUUGGAAGAUCCACAGCUAACAUGCCAGGUGCGCCUGGCAGCCUAGAAAUGGGACCGUUGACAUUUCGGGAUGUGACCAUAGAAUUCUCUCUGGAGGAGUGGCAAUGCCUGGACAUGGCUCAGCAGAAUUUAUAUAGGGAUGUUAUGUUAGAGAACUACAGAAACCUGGUCUUCCUGGGUAUCGCUGUCUUUAAGCCAGACUUGAUAACUUGUCUGAAGCAAGGGAAAGAGCCUUGGAAUAUGAAGAGACAUGAGAUGGUAACUAAACCCCCAGUUAUGCAUUCUCAUUUUACACAAGACCUGUGGCCAGAUCAGAGCACAAAAGAUUCUUUCCAAGAAGUAAUACUGAGAACAUAUGCAAGAUGUGGACAUAAGAAUUUACAAUUAAGAAAAGAUUGUAAAAGUGCCAAUGAGGGUAAGAUGCAUGAAGAAGGUUAUAAUAAACUUAACCAUUGUAGGACAACUACCCACAGAAAAAUAUUUCAGUGUAACAAAUAUAGGAAAGUCUUUCAUAAAUAUUCAAAUUCAAAUAGAAAUAAGGUUAGACACACUAAAAAGAAAACUUUCAAAUGUAUAAAAUGUAGCAAAUCAUUUUUCAUGCUUUCACUCUUAAUUCAACAUAAGAGAAUUCAUAUUAAAGAGAAUAUCUACAAAUGUGAAGAACGUGGCAAAGUCUUUAAAUCAUUCUCAACCCUUAUUAAACAUAGGAUAAUUCAUACUGAAGACAAACCUUACAAAUGUAAGAAAUGUGGCAAAGCCUUUAACUUGUCUUCAACGUUCACUAAACAUAAGAUAAUUCAUACUGGAGAGACACCCUUCAGAUGUGAAAAAUGUGGCAAAGCUUUUAACCAGUCCUCAAAUCUUACUGACCAUAAGAGAAUUCAUACUGGAGAGAAAACCUACAAAUGUGAAGAAUGUGGCAAAGCUUUUAAGGGGUCCUCAAAUUUUAAUGCACAUAAGGUAAUUCAUACUGCAGAGAAACCCUACAAAUGUGAAGAUUGUGGCAAAACUUUUAACCAUUUCUCAGCCCUUAAAAAACAUAAGAUAAUUCAUACUGGAAAGAAACCCUACAAGUGUGAAGAAUGUGGUAAAGCUUUUAAGUGGUCUUCAAAACUUACUGUACAUAAGGUAGUUCAUACUGGAGAGAAACCCUACAAAUGUGAAGAAUGUGGCAAAGCUUUUAGCCAGUUUUCAACCCUUAAAAAACAUAAGAUAAUUCAUACUGGAAAGAAACCCUACAAAUGUGAAGAAUGUGGCAAAGCUUUUAACAGUUCUUCAACCCUUAUGAAACAUAAGAUAAUUCAUACUGGGAAGAAACCGUACAAAUGUGAAGAAUGUGGCAAAGCUUUUAGGCAAUCCUCACACCUUACUAGACAUAAAGCAAUUCACACUGGAGAGAAAUCUUACAAAUGUGAAGAAUGUGGCAAAGCUUUUAACCAUUUCUCAGACCUUAGAAGACAUAAGAUAAUUCAUUCUGGAAAGAAACCCUACAAAUGUGAAGAAUGUGGCAAAGCUUUUAGCCAGUCCUCAACUCUUAGAAACCAUCAGGUAAUUCAUAGUGGAGAGAAACCCUACAAAUGUGAAGAAUGUGGUAAAGCUUUUAAGUGGUCAUCAAAACUUACUUUACAUAAGGUAAUUCAUACUGCAGAGAAACCCUGCAAAUGUGAAGAAUGUGGCAAAGCUUUUAAGCAUUUCUCAGCCCUCAGAAAACAUAAGGUAAUUCAUACUAGGGAGAAAUUGUACAAAUGUGAAGAAUGUGGCAAAGCUUUUAACAAUUCCUCAAUCCUUACUAAACAUAAGAUAAUUCAUACUGGGAAGAAACCAUACAAAUGUGAAGAAUGUGGCAGAGCUUUUAGGCAAUCCUCACACCUUACUAGACAUAAAGCAAUUCAUACUGGAGAAAAACCCUGCAAAUGUGAAGAAUGUGGCAAAGCUUUUAGCCAUUUCUCAGCCCUUAGAAGACAUAAGAUAAUUCAUACUGGAAAGAAACCCUACAAAUGUGAAGAAUGUGACAAAGCUUUUAGCCAGUCCUCAACCCUUAGAAAACAUGAGAUAAUUCAUACUGGAGAGAAACCGUACAAAUGUGAAGAAUGUGGCAAAGCUUUUAGCCAGUCUUCAACCCUUAGAAAACAUGAGAUAAUUCAUACUGGAGAGAAACCCUACAAAUGUGAAGAAUGUGAUAAAGCUUUUAAAUGGUCAUCAAAACUUACUGUACAUAAGGUAAUUCAUACUGCAGAGAAACCCUGCAAAUGUGAAGAAUGUGGCAAAGCUUUUAGCCAUUUCUCAGCCCUUAGAAGACAUAUGAUAAUUCAUACUGGAAAGAAACCCUACAAAUGUGAAGAAUGUGACAAAGCUUUUAGCCAGUCCUCAACCCUUAGAAAACAUGAGAUAAUUCAUACUGGGGAGAAACCCUACAAAUGUGAAGAAUGUGGUAAAGCUUUCAAAUGGUCAUCAAAACUUACUGUACAUAAGGUAAUUCAUACUGCAGAGAAACCCUGCAAAUGUGAAGAAUGUGGUAAAGCUUUUAGCCAUUUCUCAGCCCUUAGAAGACAUACGAUAAUUCAUACUGGAAAGAAACCCUACAAAUGUGAAGAAUGUGACAAAGCUUUUAGCCAGUCCUCAACCCUUAGAAAACAUGAGAUAAUUCAUACUGGAGAGAAACCCUACAAAUGUGAAGAAUGUGGCAAAGCUUUUAGCCAGUCUUCAACCCUUAGAAAACAUGAGAUAAUUCAUACUGGAGAGAAACCCUACAAAUGUGAAGAAUGUGGUAAAGCUUUUAAGUGGUUAUCAAAACUUACUGUACAUAAGGUAAUUCAUACUGCAGAGAAACCCUGCAAAUGUGAAGAAUGUGGCAAAGCUUUUAAGCAUUCCUCAGCCCUUAGAAAACAUAAGGUAAUUCAUACUGGAAAGAAACCCUACAAAUGUGAAGAAUGUGGCAAAGCUUUUAGCCAAUCCUCAACCCUUAGAAAACAUGAGAUAAUUCAUAGUGGAGAGAAACCCUACAAAUGUGAAGAAUGUGGUAAAGCUUUUCAGUGGUUGUCAAAACUUACUGUACACAAGGUAAUUCAUACUGGAGAGAAACCCUGCAAAUGUGAAGAAUGUGGCAAAGCUUUUAAGCAUUUCUCAGCCCUUAGAAAACAUAAGAUAAUUCAUACUGGAAAGAAACCCUACAAAUGUGAAGAAUGUGGCAAAGCUUUUAACGAUUCCUCAACCCUUAUGAAGCAUAAGAUAAUUCAUACUGGGAAGAAACCGUACAAAUGUGAAGAAUGUGGCAAAGCUUUUAAGCAAUCCUCACAUCUUACUAGACAUAAAGCAAUUCAUACUGGAGAGAAACCCUACAAAUGUGAAGAAUGUGGCAAAGAUUUUAACAAUUCCUCAACCCUUAAGAAACAUAAGCUAAUUCAUACUAGGGAGAAAUUGUACAAAUGUGAAAAAUGUGUCAAAGCUUUUAACAAUUUCUCAGCCCUUCUAAAACAUAAGAUAAUUCAUACUGGGGAGAAACCCUACAAAUGUGAAGAAUGUGGUAAAGCUUUUAAGUGGUCCUCAAAACUUACUGAACAUAAGGUAAUUCAUACUGGAGAGAAACCCUCCAAAUGUGAAGAAUGUGGCAAAGCUUUUAAGCAUUUCUCAGCCCUUAGAAAACAUAAGAUAAUUCAUACUGGAAGGAAACCCUACCAAUGUGAAGAAUGUGGCAAAGCUUUUAACAAUUCCUCAACCCUUAUGAAACAUAAGAUAAUUCAUACUGGGGAGAAAAACUACAAAUGUGAAGAAUGUGGCAAAGCUUUUAACAAUUUCUCAACUCUUAUGAAACAUAAAAGAAUUCAUACUGGGGAGAAACCCUACAAAUGUGAAGAAUGUGGCAAAGCAUUUAGUCAGUCCUCAAUCCUUACUAAACAUAAGAUAAUUCAUUCUGUAGAGAAACCCUACAAAUGUGAAGAAUGUGGCAAAGCCUUUAACCAGUCCUCACACCUUACUAGACACAAAACAAUUCAUACUGGAGAGAAACCCUACAAAUGUGAAGAAAGUACCAAAGCUUUUAAGCAAUCCUCACACCUUACUAGACUAAACAAUUCAUACUGGAGAGAAACCCUACAAAUGUGAAGAAUGUGCCAAAGCUUUUUAACCAUCCUUCAACCCUUACUAAACAUAAGAUAAUUCAUACUGGGGAGAAACCCUAAAAAUGUGAAUAAUGUGGCAGAGCUUUCAACCGUUUUAUAAACCUUAAUACACAUAGGAUAAUUUAUACUAGAGACAGACCCUGCAUAUGUGAAGAAUGUGGCAAAGCUUUUAACCAGUCCUCAAGCCUUACUAGACAUAAAACAAUUCAUACGGGAGAGAAACCCUACAAAUGUGAAAAAUGUGGCAAAACUUUUUUUUUUAAAUACUUUAAGUUCUAGGGUACAUGUGCACAAUGUGCAGGUUUGUUACAUAGGUAUACAUGUUGCAUGUUGGUUUGCUGCACCCAUCAACUCGUCAUUUACAUUAGGUAUUUAUCCUAAUGCCAUCCCUCCCGCAGCCCCCCACCCCCUGACAGACCUGGGUGUGUGAUGUUCCCCACCCUGUGUCCAAGUGUUCUCAUUGUUCAAUUCGCACCUGUGAGUGAGAACAUGUGGUGUUUGGUUUUCUAUUUUUAUGAUACUUUGCUGAGAAUGAUGGUUUCCAGCUUCAUCCAUGUCCUUCCAAAGGACAUGAACUUAUCCUUUUUUAUGGCUGCAUAGUAUUCUAUGGUGUAUAUGUGGAAUGUGGCAAAACUUUUAACCAAUCCUCAAACCUUACUAGACAGAAAACAAUUCAUACUGGAGAUAAACCCAUCAAAUGUGAAGAAUGUGGCAAAGCCUUUAACCAGUCCUCACAGCUUAAAUAUACAUAAGAUAAUUGAUACUGGAGGAAAACUACAAAUAUCAUAAAUGUGGCAUAGCUUCUAACCAUUGCUCAGCUUUUACUCAAAAUGAGAGAAUUCCUAAAGAAGAUAAACUCCACAAAUGUGAAUAAUAUGGCAGAGCUUUUAACCGGUCCUCAAAUCUUACCGAGUGUAAGAUAAUUCUUACGGAAGAGGAACCCUUCAAAUGUGAGGAAGGUGGCAAAGCUUUUAAUCAGUCCUCAAAUCUUACUGAACAUAAGAUAAUUCAUACUAGAGACAAACACUACAAAUGUGAAGAAUGGGCAAAGCUUUUAACCAGUUCUCAAACCUUACUCAAAAUAAUUUAUAGUGGAGAGGAACACUACAAAUGCAAAGGAUUUGGCAAAACUUUUAAGUGUUUCUCAAAACUUACUGAACACAAGAUAAUUCAUACUAGAGAGAUACUUUACAAAUGUGAAGAAUGUGGCAAAGCUUCUAACGGGUUCUCAAAUCUUACUGAAUAUAAGAUAAUUAUAUUAGAAACCCUACAAAUGUGAAGAAUGUGGCAAAGCUUUUAACUGGUCCUUAAACCUUACUGAACAUAAGAUAAUUAAUACUAAAGAGAAACCCUACAAAUUAUAAAAAUGUGGCAAAGCUUUUAACUGGUUUUCAGACCUUACUCAACAUAAGAUAAUUUACAGUGAAGACAAACUCUAUAAAUGUGAAGAAUGUGACAAUGCUUUUAAUCAAUUCUGAAACUUUACUAGACAUAAGAAAAUUCAUACUGGAGAAAAACCCUACAAAUGUGAAGAAAGUGGGAAAACUUUUAGCCAGUCCUCGACUCUUACUAAACAAGAUAAUUCAAUGGGAGAGAAACCCUACAAAUGUGAAUAAUGUUAAAACCAUUCUUCAAUUCUUAAUAAACAAUUUAUACUUUAGAGAAACCCAGCAAAUGUGAAGAAUGUUGCAAAGCUUUUAACUGGUCCUCAAAUCUUACUGAACAUAAGAUAAUUCAUAAUGGAAACUAGCCCUACAAAUGUGAAGAACGUGGCAAAGCCUGUAAUCAUUUCUCACACCUUUCCACACAUAAGAUAAUUCAUACUGAAGAGAGACCCUACAAAUGUGAAGAAUGUAACAAACUCUUUAACUGGUCUUCAACUCUUACUAAACAUAAUAGAAUUCAUACAGAAGAUAAAUUUUAUAAAUAGGAAGAAUGUGACAAAAGCUUUAAAAGUGUUUCAGCCCUUAUUACAUGAGAUAAUUUAUGCUGCAGAGAAAUUCUACAAAUGUGAAGAAUGUGGCAAAGUUUUUAAUAAGUUACCAGAUCAUACUGGAGAGAAACUACAAAUCCAAAAGACAUGACAGUGCUCUUGAGAACACCUUAAACUUUUCUAAACAUAAAAGAAAUCAUAGUGUAAAGAAACCCUAGAUGUGAGUAAUGUCACAAAACCUGUAAAUUGUUGUCACACUUGAUUCCAAGAUAAUUGAUACUGGAGAAAACUCCUUAAUGAAGAAUGUGGCAAAACGUUUAACCAAUACUCACACCUUAUCACAUAGGAAAGCAUUUAUACUUGAAAAAAAUGUACACCUAUAAAGAAUGUGGAAAAGCCAUUAGUAUCUGCUCACAUCUUACUCAACAUCACAGAGUUUAUACUUAAUAAAAACAUUAAAAAUGCAAUUACUGUCAGAAUAUCUUUUAGAAAAUAUAAGCCUUAGAAUGGUGGAGUAUUUCUUUUGAGGACAAACAUCACAAAUAUAAAGAGCAUUGUAGUACUAUAUUUGUAUCUCAGAUCCUAUUGUGCAUAUUUUGUACUAGAGAAAAACCCUAAAGUUGCUCAAACUUUGUUCAAUAUCAGGGAAUUUAUAUUGGAGGAAAAAUCCUGCAAAUAUAAUAUAUUUGGAAAAAAAUUAUAAACUACAGUUUAGAAAAUAUCAGAGAAUACUAAGAUAUAUAUUUUUUGUAGAUGCAGUAAAUAUGAAAAAUAUUUAAUCCAAAAUUAGCUCUUUGUAAAUAGAGAAUUCACAGUAGAAAUGAUAAGGCAUUGGCACUUUAGACGUUACACUAAAUCAGAGCAUUGAGUACAAAAAAUAAUAUCAAACUAAAAUUGUUAGAUAAGUUAUUUGCAUGUAACUUUAAAAAGAGAUGGAGAAUUAUAAAUACAUUUGAAGUAUACUUUUUGUAUACUUCAAAUAUCAAAAAAAUUUAACAUUGUAAUAUUGAAAAAACUUUGAAAAGCAAAUAAGGAUGUAACUCAACUCUCAAAUUCAUGCUCUUCAUUCCUGUUUUAUUUACAUGUGAAAGUAUGUGCUCAAUUAUUGCUGCAUCAGAGAUGAGAGUUUCUUUUUUAUUAGGUGGGCAUUAUGACCUUUUUCAUAAAAGAGAAAGGAUAUUUAAAUAUAAAAUGCAUGAUAAAAAUCUAAGUGGAGAGGCUUUUUCUGGUUAACUUACAAUAUUGAGUGAUGUAUAAGGUAGAUGUUUUGAGUAAUAAAUUCUUGUGCAUUAUAGUGAGAGAAAAACUUCAAAAUUUUAGUUAAAAUUAAAUAAAUUGGUGUAUUAUUUUAAUUGUGCUUUUAUGUAAUGUAGUACAUUCAUAAAUUUUUAGAUGUGUAAACUUAAUUUUUUUAAACAUUUUUUGACAUGUUAAGUCUAUUGUACAUUCAAUGAAGUGUUAUUAUGCCACUCACUUUAACCUAUCCUACCUUAUUCAAGGGUGUAGUUAAGAAAUGGUAACAGUUUACUAUUUGGUAACAGUGGAAUAACAUCUCUAGUCAUCUCUUUUUUCAGUGUCUUUAACUUGCACAUAAGUUAAAGAAUAUUGUUCUCAUAGGUUAAAUUUUUAUAGUUUUAAUCUUAUUUAAACUUUUUUUUUGCCUUGACAAAUUUAAACUUAUUUUUCUUAACUUUUGUGGAUACAUAGUGUGUAUAUAUAUUUCUGCCAUAUAUGGCAUAUUUUGAUACCAGCAUAAAAUAUGUAACAAUCACAUCAGGGUAAAUGAGAGAUUCACCACCUUCAACAUUUAUUCUUUGAAUUACAAGCAAUCCACGUCUACACUUUUAGUUAUUUUGAAAUGUACAAUUAAAUUGUUGUUUAUUAUAAGGUCAUUUUUGUGGUCAUAAAAAUCACACAGGAAUGUUAAUAAAAUUUGUUACAUAUUUUUCUUUGAACAUGUGGCCACUAUGCCUGCAAACAUACAUACAGACUUUUAGUUUUGAUUUAUGUAUGGUUAAAUAUACAUAUAUGUUACUCUAAAGGUAUACCUUAGGUGUAAGAAAAUUAUGAAGUAAGUGUGUUUGUGUAAUUAUGAGUUUGUACCUAUUUUCAGAAAAAAAUUAAUACAACAAAACAAAUUAUUGUAAUAAAGUGACUAAUUUACUAAAAAACCAAAAACCUCAAAAAUGUGGAAAGCAAAUCUAUAUUCUCUGGUUUGUAUUGAAUUCAUAAUUGUAAAAUCUUACAUCUUAUGGUUCAGAAUCUCCCCUUGAAAUUUCUUUGUUUUUACUUGCCUGAUACUCAUGCUAGACCCAUAAUUUUCUUUUUUCUUAUAUAUAUAUUUUUUUGUUUUGUAAUUUAUGAAGCAUACAUUAUGUGAGCUGGUCAUGGAUUAUAAGAAUAAUUUUUAUGAAAUUUAGUGUACACAAAAUGAUCUUUAGAUGUAAUUCCACAAUUAGUGUCUUAAGUUAUAUUUUAUUAGGUGAUUCCAUUUAUUUCUUUUACUUAGAGAACCCUAUAUAAGCUCACUUUUACUUAGUUAUUGUUCCUCUCCAUUUUUAAAACCGUCAUAAGUUAAUUUAUUUAUUUACUGAAAAAAUUUGUUCAGGUAAGUACUAGGGAGGCUUCUGUAAGUCGAGAGGAUGUUUUUGUAUAUAAAUGCAGCAAACAAAUAUGGCAGUGCUUGCUGUGUAGCAGAUGCUUCAUGAUAAGCCAUAAGUAUUCCUCCUGGAGUUAGUUUGUAACUUAAGUCAGAAUGGAAAAUAUCAAUGGAGAAGAAAUUACAUUGAUUCUUCGUGUUGAGAGGACAUUUUUUUUUUCCAGGAUGCAAAGGUCAUUCUUGCUGAAUUUAAAGAGAAAUUCUGCUUCUUUAUUUUUUAAUUAUCUUCAGUUUUGUCUUAUGUUCAUUUCAAAGAUGUAUGCAUCACAGCUUUUCUCCUUUUUCUGUUAGAGCUACAAUUUUCUCUCUUGUCUUCCUACCAUGUUAUUUUAAAUGAUACGUUGUAGGUUCUGAUGAGAAAGUUGGUGGGUUUUUAUUUUUUUUGAGAUGGUGUCUCACUCUGUCACCCAGGCUAGAGUGCAGUGGCAUGAUCUCAGCUUACUGCAACCUCUGCCUCCUGGGUUCAAGCAAUUCUCCUGCCUCAGCCUCCUGAGUAGCUGGGACUACAGGCACACACCACCAUGCCUGGCUAACUUUUGUAUUUUUAGUAGAGACGGGGUUUCACCAUAUUGGCCAGGCUGGUCUCGAACUCCUGACCUCAUAAUCCACCCACCUCGGCCUCCCAAAGUGCUGGGAUUACAGGCAUGAGUCACCGCACCUGGCCAAAAGUUGGUAUUUUUAAUGUGCUAAAAAAAUGGUUUUAAGUGGAGAAUUUGCUUACCAAUAUAACUUAGAGAUUAGUUAAUUAAAGUGAGAGGCAUACACUGUCCACAUGU